AUGAAAGGACCUGUAAUUAUUAUAAAUCGUAUUUUAGUUUCUAUGGGGAUUCGUGUACAAAUCGCUAUUCAAUUUCAGAAGUAAGAUGGUAAUAUUGAUAUAUUAGAGCCUUCUUUUAAACUUAUGCAAAAUCCAUUUAGUUUAAAUAAGGAUGAUUUAAUUAAAAAGGCUAUCAAUAUUCCAGAUCAGUAGUUUGACUUCAAACCUUUUAUCUAACCUGAUGCAUCAUUCCUUGUGAAUCAGUAAAAUAUUUAAAACUUGCGUUUAUUGCAAAAAGAAUUCGCUUCAGAUCCUCAAAAUCCUGAGAAGGCAUUCAAGUACAUAAGGUAAUUGAAUCGUAUGAAAUUACAUGAUGAUGCACUUCGUAUAUUUAGGUAAACAGGUAUGAUUAGAAUAUUAACAGUAGAUGACUUUCGUGAAAAUGCUACUGAAAAAUAACAUCAAUAAUUAUAGGAACAAUACGGUAUUGCAGUAACCAAUUUGAAGUCUAAUUAAUACAGUGACAAGCGUAGAUCACUAAUACUACCUGGAAUGAUCUAAUUGUUGAUAACAGCAGGCAUCCUUUAUUAGAUGGCUUAUUUCUUUUAACCAAAUCAUUCAAAGUCGAAAAAUGAAAAAAAUUAAAAAGAUGCUCCCGAACAAGGAGCUGGUAGAAUGGAUCGUUUUUAUAACAUUUUAAGAAGCAACUAAGCAGUUUAAGAGGAAAGAAACAUUCCUACACGCUUUAAUGAUGUAUUAGGAAUAGAUGAGUUCAAAGAAGAAUUGGAAGAAAUAGUGGAAUUCUUAAAGAAUCCAAAAAAGUAUACUGAUUCUGGGGCAAAGUUGCCAAAAGGCAUUUUAUUAGUAGGACCUCCAGGAACAGGUAAGACACUUUUGGCUAGAGCCUUGGCAGGAGAAGCGGGAUGUGCAUUCUUUUAUAAAUCAGGAUCUGAAUUUGAUGAGAUGUUUGUGGGUGUGGGGGCAUCACGUGUGAGAGAAAUAUUUAAGACAGCAAGACAGAAGGCUCCAUCAAUAAUUUUUAUAGAUGAAAUAGAUAGUAUUGGAGGGAGAAGGAGAGCAUAAGACCCAGGUUAUUCGAGAGACACAAUAAAUUAAAUAUUGACAGAGAUGGAUGGAUUUAAAUAGAGUGAAAGUGUAAUAGUGAUUGGGGCAACCAAUUUUGAAUAGGUUCUUGAUCCAGCAUUAAAACGACCAGGAAGAUUUGAUAAAAUGAUUCAUGUGCCAUUGCCAGAUGUGAAAGGUAGGGAAUAGAUAUUUUCGUAUUAUUUGUAAAGGAUUAAAUACGAUGUUUAAAAGGUAUUGCCAACCAAUUUGGCAAGAUAGACCAGUGGUUUCAGUGGUGCUGAUAUUUAAAAUAUGGUCAAUGUAGCAAUUUUGAAUGCAAUAAAAUAUGACAGGUAGAUUGCAACGACUGAAGACUUUGAAUUUGCAAUAGAUAGAAUUGCGAUGGGAGUGGGUAGAAAGAAUAUGCAUGUUGGUGAUAAGGAGAAGUUGAUGACUGCUUAUCAUGAAGGGGGACAUGCCUUAACCAGUUUGUUGACUGAAGGAGCCAUGCCUCUUCACAAAGUUACAAUUCUUCCAAGGGGUGGAGCUUUGGGAUUUACUUCAAUGCUUCCGGAGAAGGAUCAACUAAAUUAUACAAGAAAGGGAAUCAUUGCAUCAAUUGAUGUGGCUAUGGGUGGCAGAGCAGCAGAAGAUCUGUUCUUGGGAAAAGAUGAUAUCACAAGUGGAUGCAGUAAUGAUUUGGCCAAAGCUACUGAUCUUGCUUAUAUGUUUGUUAAAUAAUUAGGAAUGGAUGACAAGAUAUCUUUGAUUUCAAUUUAAAGUGAUAGAGUGAAAACUAGUGAUCAAUUCGAUUAUAUGGUUGACAUGGAAGUUAAGAAAAUAUUGGAAGAAUCCUACAAUAGAGUCAAAAGUUUGUUGAAAGUCAAUGAGUCAAAACUAAAGGACUUGGCUACGGAAUUAGUGAAGAGAGAGACACUCUCAGCUGAGGAGAUCAGGAAGUUAUUAUAGAUUAAAUGA